AGUCUUUAGUACAAAAAUUUUAGCAAUUAAUUUAUAUUACACGUAUAGCGGGGUGCACGUAUUAUAGCGGGGUCCGAUAUUAUAGCGGGCUAUGAGUUACCAAUCAAAAUGUGGGUGCCCAUUAACCCCAACAUUUACAAGUACAGCAAUUAUUCAUUUUAAGACGUCUAAGCAUGCAACAAUGAAUUACAAUGCAAAGAUAGAACAAACACAAGACUUUCCUACAAGGGAUACUCUAAAGACAUUCAGUGAUACUCCUGGGCUGCGAAAAAGAAAUGUUGCAUCCUCUAGCAACUCAACUGUCAAUGAUCAAACAGCUGGCACUACUCAAUUGUCCAGAUUUUCUCAAACAAAUCUUUCCAGAAGUCCAGGAUUUUCAAUUAAAUCACCUUCAAACAAAUCUCAAUCCUCAGCCAAAAUAAAGAUUAUCUCAGGAAAUAUAGCUAGUUCAAGAUCGUCUACAAAUAUAAACCAUCCACCGAAUAACUCCACUGCAGUUAAUGAAACUUCUAAGUUAUCUUCCACCGCAAGGUCCACACCAGAUUUAAGGUCAAUUAGUAGUUCUUCAAAGAAAAUUAUUUCACCCAAUAUUCAAUCAGGUGUUAAGGACCAGCCUGCUAUAAAAUUGAAACCAACUUCAAACAUUGAGCGCGAACGUUCUCCGUCUAACAAAAUGUCAAUACCUCGGAUAAGAUUGAACUUCGAAGUGGACGCAGAGUAUACUAGAUUUUAAAUAAAGAAAGGUGAAAGAAGAUAAAGCUAAAUUUUUGAUGCUAUUUAUGUUCAUUUAGAAAAGAUUAUAAUUGCUGUUGCUAUUUUACCUUAUAUACUUAUGUACCUUAUUAGUCCAUUAAAAUGUUACAUUUUUUAGGCCGUAGCUUGCAUUUCUUAGAGGAGUCAAUUUUAUUUCUUUAAUGUGUAGGGGGAUCAGUAGAAGCUUAAGUUCAAGUUUUUGGGGUCGCCAUCCUUGUCCCCCGGUCGCCAUCUUGGAAAUGGGGUGCAAAGGGGUUUCGUGCUAUAUCUCGUAAACUACCAACCCUACGGAAAAUCUUAUUAAACAUAAACUAUAGCAAAUUAAAUUUUCCACAAUUUUGUUUUUAUUACUUUUUAUCGUCAAGUGACCAACAAAAAAGAUAUAACCAAAAAUGUGUAAAUUUUUUUUAACAAGUUUCCUUUUGGAUGUUAUAACUUUUUUCAGUUCAUUUUAAAGUAAAAUAACAUUAUAGUAAUUUUGUAGAGAGUUUUUCAGCGAACAAUUUCCACUAUAAAGUUGUUUAAUUCUAUUUAUUUAUAUAGGUUUUACAGCGCUCCAAACUUGACCAGAUUCUCGAAUGCUCAUAGGGAUACAAUAAAAACAAAAGUUAGGCUUACUUUUCUAUCUAUAUAUAUUUCUUAUUCAUACAAUUUAUUAUGAUUUUAACAGUCGUAUGCUAUUAUUAAUCUGUUUUUGACCUUUCUUCCCACUAUAAAACAUAUAACUCUAAGCAUAUAUAGAAAAGGCCCAAGAAGUUGUUUGAAAACAAAUUCGCCGCUUCAGAAGAAGAAUGACGCAACCGCAAAAUGCAAAAUUCUUAGACAGAGCAAAAAACGAUUUUUGAUAUAAAAAUCAUAAAGUAUGAUAAAAAUUAGCCAUUCACCACACCGUGGUCAGGAUCUCGAGAUAUAAGCGUUUUUUGGGGUGUGCCGCUUGUAUAUGAAGUAACAUAACUUUUUUCCUAUUAAAUAUUUUGACUUAAAAAUUUUCCAAAAAACUUCUUCAUGAACUAUAUUUUAUUGUUGUGUUUUUUAAAAUUAUAAACUAAACUAUAUAAAAGUUUGUCACUCAACUUUUUUAAGUAAACAUGAAACUAACGAAAUAUGAUGACAAAAUGUUAAAUUAAUAAAUUAACAACUCCUUUUUUAAUGUGUUUAAACAUCUACAUGUGUUAUCUACAUACUUUAGCGAUGCCACAGUAAAAUUUUUAAAAGGAAAUGUUUACAGCGACCAAAGAUACAGCGAGGUAAAUUUGAAAAAUCAUCAAAAUGGAAUUUGGCAUUUUUGUAUAAAAUUUAUUUUUUUAACAGGUUCCACCAACUCUAGAUAAAAAUAAAUUUCAUAUUCGGAUUCACCGACCUCGAAAACAUAAAAAUAGACUAAAAUUGAUCAUUUACCUUAAAUUUGAUUUUCGUGGUUGGCACAGCGGUUAAUACCGCUCGUCUAAUAUAUAGAUAGAAAAGCAUUAUUUUUCUACGAGAAUUCGAGAAUCUGGUCAAGUUUGGAACGCUGUAAAACCUAGAUAAUAAAUAAAAUUAAACAACUUUAUAGUGAAAAUUGUUUAUUGAAAAAUCCUGUACAAAAUCGCUAUGAUGUUAUUUUAUUGUGAAAUGAACGCAAAAAAAGUUAUAAACUCCAAAAGGAAAUUUCUUACAAAAUUUUCUCUUAUUUUUGUUUAU